GUGCGGCCGUGUUGCUAAGGUUAAGCAGGUGGAGGAUUUCUCCGACCAGUUCGGCAUGAAAUUUUUCAUGUGUGCGAGCUAUGAGCAUGAUCCACCCCGUAGUUCAGCUUCGUCGUCCACCAGGCCGCCGUCUCCCCCGCCCCUAUGCAAAUGGUUUCACUGGAUAGACACGGAGCAGCCGGAUUGGGCACGCGAGGAGGUUGAGGAGAAACAGCGUCGUGCGUGGGCAACGUUCUUUGAGGAGGAGCGUUGGGAAAAGGUCCGUGCUAAUGAGAAAGCCGAGCGAGAGAGGCAGAUACAGAAACUAAGGGCGGAACAAGCUCGUAAUCGAGAGGUGAAUCAGAAGAGGAUGGAUGAUGAGGCUGCACGUAGGUUUGCAGAGAAAGAGGUGCGCAGGGAGGCUCGUGCAGCGGAGAGGAAGAGACUAAGGGAAAGAGCUGCUGAAGCGCAAGCGGCGGAAGAACGUGGCGACAAGUCUGGAAAAUGGCCACGAUGGACGCAGGGAAAGUAGUGUGAUGUGUCGUAUUGGCUAUGUAUCUUAAUUUCAGUUGUAUCUUAAAUUUCGUUGUAGUGUCGUUGUAUCUUAAAUUCCGUUGUAGUGAUAAACCCUAUUUUUAUUUGAGCUGCAAUGUAUCUUCA